ACUCCGCACUGUGCACAGCCAUCUCAAACCUGAUUGCUCAGCGCAUCUGAAGAAUGGCAAAUGAGAGAAGGAAGAGCAAGCACUAGUGGCGUUUGAUAAUUGAUGAUUUGAGGGUUUCAAAGAGCUAGAGGGGAGGCUGCUAUGAGGGUUUUCAAAAGACUCAGCUCAAACCUUGUUCAAGAAACUCUAGGAUCAAGAACAUCAAGAUUCGUCACAAAAAGAUGUUUUGUACCAUUCAAUUUAUCUGAUUCUUCUGUAAAUGAAGUCCCUGUUCUUGACCCAUCUUCCCAGAGUCAUGGCAUUCACGUUUUUAAGUGCCCAGAUGAUGUGGGGAUUGUUGCUAAAUUAUCUGAUUGUAUUGCAUCUAGAGGUGGGAAUAUACUUGCGGCCGAAAUUUUUGUGCCCCAUAAGAAACACACCUUCUAUUCAAGAAGUGAGUUUGUCUUUGACCCUGCAAAAUGGACACGGGCACAAAUAGACGAGGACUUCCUCAACUUGUCCACAAGGUUUAAAGCAGUUAGAUCCAUUGUUCGGGUGCCUGACCUAGAUCCAAAACAUAAGAUUGCCAUUCUUGCUUCGAAGCAGGACCACUGUCUUGUUGAUAUGUUGCUUGGAUGGCAGGAUGGAAGACUUCCUGUUGAUAUAAAAUGUGUCAUAAGCAACCAUGAGAGAGGUCCAAACACCCAUGUCAGGCGAUUUCUCGAAAGACAUGGAAUACCGUACCAUCAUGUAGACACAACUAAAGAAGACAAAAGUGAAGAAGGAAUAUUGGAUUUGGUUCAGGAUACUGAUUUUCUGGUACUUGCGCGAUACAUGCAGGUAUUGUCUGGUAAUUUCUUAGAAGCCUACGGAAAGGAUGUGAUUAACAUACAUCAUGGCCUUUUGCCAUCAUUCAAGGGUGGGAACCCUAGCAAACAGGCUUUUGAAGCUGGCGUGAAAUUGAUUGGUGCAACAGCUCACUUUGUCACUAAAGAACUUGAUGAAGGUCCUAUCAUUGAACAGAUGGUUGAUACAGUUUCACAUAGAGACAAUUUGCCAAGCUUUGUUCAAAAAUCACAGAAUCUUGAGAAACAGUGCCUUGCAAAAGCCAUAGAAUCCUACUGUCAACUGCGAGUCUUACCCUACGAGCAAAACAGGACUGUUGUGUUUUAAGAUUACGAGGAGAUAAGUAAAAUUUAGAAAGAUUUUGGAGCAUUUAUCUAAUUCAUCUGUACCUAAUUAUUUAUGUACUGCAAACUCCAUUAUUUACUGCAAGUCGCGAUAUCAAUAAAAAGUUCAAUGCUUACUGCA